CUAACCUGAACUUCACCCAAUCACAUUGAGUUAAAUUGCGCUUUGACUGUUGGAAUGGCGCACACUCCAAUGAGCUAACUGUGGCUAAAGGUUCUGUUAGCAACGCUGAAAACAACACUUUGGUCAUUAGAGUCAUGGAGGAAGUAGUUUGCACAGUAAUACUGAGGGGCUUAAAGAGCAAAAUAAAUGUAAGCCAAUUAGGGUGUUACCAACGCAUUUACCAUGAACACUGGAAUUCACGAGCGCAGUUCUGCUUCUCCACGUGCAGCGUGGCUGCCACCAGCUUUGAGUCCAGUGUGAAGAAAGGCUGAUGCUGCUAAUGCUGCCACAUCCCUUUACCUGUUAGCCACCGCUUGUUGCCUUCCUUGGGGCCAGAGCCCAUGUGAACAUGCAGAGGUACUGGUGGCCAGGUUAUGAGACACAGCUUAUUGGAGAACUGCAGAGACAACAACACAACUCCCAGUUCUGUGAUACCCUUUUGCAAACGGAGGGUAUCUCAGUACCAACCCAAAGUUGCAUCCUGGCAGCUCUCAGUCCCUACCUGUCUCAACUGCUGUCAGCCUCCCCGUCUCCUCCAUCGGGCCAGAAGCGCCAGCUCCACUUCCCGGCUGUGAAGGCCCAGACCCUGCUGAAGCUUGUUGGUCUUCUGUACUCUGGGGAGGUGGAAGUAAAAGGAAGCACAGAACAGAAUGAUGUGCUGUCUGCAGCGCGCCAGUUUGGCAUUACAAACCUUAGUGAAGGACGGAAAGAUGGCGGGAUGAAGGAGGGGGAACCCCAGAAAAAGAGUUGUGGGAGUUGCAGAGAGAGGAAUGGAAGCAGGAAAAUGCAGGAUGCACAAGUUCAGGUUGAGAUGGAUGGUAGGAGAGCUACAGAUUGUCCGGUUGAAAAGAGAUGUUGUGUAUCAAGAGGCACACAGACUGUUAAAGGUGGCGAAAAGACAUCGGGCAGUUCUGUUACUCACGCUGACCAAACCAGACCUGCAACCCGAGAGCCUGCUUCCUCUGUAACUCAAAGCCUGGAUUUUUCUAUCACACUGCAACCUCAAAACAUCACACUAGGUAAACAUUUAUACUCAACUUGUUUACCACCUGUUCCCAAUGUGCCCACUGGCACGCCAAGCGAUGGCGAGUCUUCACUAGACAGAUCCUCUGACAGUGUAACAAACCUCGCAUCGACUUCGACACGGUCCAGUGAUGUGAUGACUGUCCCCAUUUCCCUUAAAGAUGACUCAAACUCCUCAGCACCUCAGGAAGACAGCUCCUGCCAGCAGUCAUCAGAGUUUGAGGAAAGGAUUGGGAUGGGAUUAAGGGACGAAAAAACUAAAUUUAAAAUGGCUGACAAGAGAGAAAAUAGAGAGCAGCCAAGCCAGGCUAACAGAGAUGAGAUGCUGGGAGAGGAAAAAGGAAACCCUACAGAGAAGAAGCAUGUGCAUGUGGGAAUGAAGAGCCUGACUAAGAUGAAACAGAUGCAGCAGACAUUUGAGACCACAAAGAUUUCUGUCAAGGUAAAACUGAGGAGGAGGACCAAAGGAGAAGAAUGGGAGGUCGUUAGCGUACAAGAUGCAGAUGAGACGCUGUCAGUUCAUACAUCCCUCAAACAGACAGAUCUCACAAAUAGUCAGCUGUCGUCUGUCCAGCCAGGACUGUUUCAUAAACCAGAGACCUCCGUAGUUCAACCUGCUACUGCCAGCUCCCCUGAACCGGCACCACCAUACACCAGCUCUGACUCCCAGCUGGGCUGCGGUGACUGCUUCACGCCGAACCAAAACGAUGAACUGGACUCGCCAGGCCAGCCUCCAGGCCCUUCGGAAGAGUCUGAUGAACAGAUAGAGAAGCUGUUGGAGGAUGUCAUGAUGGGCCUGAACAUCCUGCCAAACUUGGAGAAGGACUGCAAGCAGCCUCAUCUCCUUCAGCCGAGCCUGAGAGAGAAUGAGCGAGUGCACGCUGCUGUCAGUGCAGCAGGCUGUGUGUAUCACCCGGAUUUUGGGACACGGAUUGGUCACUCUUCCACGGAUUCAGGCAUCCAUUGUUGUUCUACAACUCAGAAACAGCCCAGCUCCUCAAGCCUUUCAUCUCUACAGUCAAAUGCUAUCCAACAGCAGCAGUCUUCUCAUUAUAACUCACCUGCCACAUCUGUGGGGCACAGAGAUGGAACAAGCCACCAGUGCAUGCCACUGUCAGAAAGUCAAAAGUGUCUAUACUGUGCAGCACCCACAACAGGGUCAGUCAUAGCCACAGCUUUCCACUCCAGUGUGCAGGAACUACAAUCCCCAGUAGGUCAGGAACUGUCUUCACAAGACCAUCAGAACAUCCUGGAAUUAUUACCCCUGAUGAAUGGAAGCGACACACAGUCCUCGCAGUGUUUUUCUUUACCUAGUCUGGAUGAUUUUCAGCUUCCUCCAUGCCUCUCUCCGUUAGAACCAUUCACCUCGGCAGCAAAAUAUCAACCUGUCCUCAACAACUCGAACCAUAGCGAUAAAAUUCAGCCUCAGCCAUCUCUACAUAGGCGACCCUGGCUCAUAGAAAAGCCUGGAUCGCUAAAGUUUCCUCUCGACGCCGUCCCUCACAGACAAAGUAUGUCCUUACCAUGGGAUACAAACCAAAACUGUUGGUCAAUGCCAGAGCAGAAACAUCUGGACUUGAACAGUCCACAAAACAGAGGAACCAGGGCAAAAUUCUAUACUGUCAAGGAGGUGGAGAAGGGAGGCACAAUAUGUGUUGACCAUGUAAAUGCACCAGAAGUGAAAUCUGAGCACAGUAAGAUGAAGAAAAGUUGUAAAAGAUGUAAACAAGGUGACACCAAAGGUGAUACUGCAGCAGCCAAAAGGGGGACGAAAAAGUGCACAAGUCAUCCACAAGAUGCUGCUGAUUCUCUUUUGACAAACAAACACUUUGAUGUCAGCGAUGGAGUGAAAAGUCAAAUCAACCUGGGCAUUUGUUCAGUCAGUUUGUCAAGCAACAAUGUGCUGGCCAAGGAACGAGAAAUGUCCACCAGUGCUUCAAAGGUGCCAAACAAAUUUUCAGGGAGACCAGAUGAACCGGCCAGACUCCAGAAUGAACAGACUCGGAUCAGGACCAGAGGCUUUUUGAAAAAAACCCAAGAGACAACAAGUAAUGCAAGCCUAGAAAAUUCCUCAGUUUUUAAACCCUUGGCCCAUAGUGCUAAGAUUGUGAAUAAACAAGGAGUCUCAUUACCCAAGCGGAAACGUGGAAGGCCGGCAAAAGAAAAGCUCGAAGAGAGACCUCUUGCCAUCACCGACAAAAAGAGCAAUGGUGUGGGAAGUGAGCAACAAGUUGACAACAAUUUGCCAAAGGAGGAGGAGGAGGGUGAAAAAACAAAGGGAAGGUGUAAAAAACGUGGGAGGAACAGAAAUGAAGUGAAGGUAAUUCCACUGAAGAUGAGCACAAGUGCUGCCAAGGCUGAAGCGGAUGGUAAUGAUGACGUAAUCCCAGGAGUGAGAAAACUUGGGACACCCAAAAGGCCCCGGAUGGACACUGUGAAGGAGCUCCAAAAGCUUAUCAAGUGCCAGCACUCAAAAGUAAGGAACGCAAAAGAAAGCCAGGACAAGGAACCAAAUGAAACUGCAAAAGAUUUAGACAGUGAAGAGAAGGAAUGUGGCAGCAGGCGUGAAGAAAUAAUCACUGAGACAGAAGUGGACAUAGACAUUACUCAGCCUCAGAACAGGGAAAGGACUGAGGAGUCUCGCAUCGUCUUCAAUGUUACAGUCGAUGAAAAUUACAAUCAGAUUUUCAGCAAAUCAGCAGCUGAGUACAGCAAAUCGCGACGAGAUGAUGCGGUCAGCUUCGUUAGUGAGGAGAGCAGUUUGUUUGGUGUUGAGCACCGCCUGGUGUUUUCCUGUGAUGUCUUGGAAGAAGAGAUCAAGUUAGCAGCUGAGAGGGAGCAGCCACUGCAGAAGCCUCAUGAAGCCUGUGUUGCAGGAAUAUCAGACCAGACUGCUAUCAGUGACGAAGGCUCAUCUCAGAGCAACGCCCACACACUGCUUCGAGGAGACAAAAUGACUAACCCUCAGACCCCUGAGAGAACUGGUCUGUCAGACGCUGUUGGGUUCAUCAAGAGCUCAGACAGCCAUCAAAAAGAAGGAGAGGAAAAGGAGGAGGAGGAGGAAGUGGAGGUGGACAUUCUGCUUUACUCCCCGGAUAAAGUGCCUCAGUCCAGAGAGUGUAAGAAUGGACAGGACAACAUGGACAUAACUCCAGAGGAAGAAGAGGAGGAAGAUGUGACUGAGAUUGAUGUGACAGGAGAUGAGGCAGAGUAACCUCUCUUCAUAUGCAUCGUUUUUACAUCGUGUUCAGCACUUUGAUGAGGCACAGUGUUCUCUCUGUUCUGGUUUUAAGUAUGUUCUCUGUGAUGCCAAAUGAAGUCCAUUUUCCUGUCAAACUAUGUCUAUUUUUUAUGUCUCUCUGUUUUUGUUUUCACCAUCAGUGCCAGGCAAUAAUAAGCUUUGUACACUAAAGAAUCACAGACUGUAUGCUGGUUUUGAGCUUUUGUUGAGUUUCAUAUACAAGAUUCAAAUGGAUGUUUAAUUUUCAUUAAUAAUAUGCUAAAGCAUUGAUUCAGUUAGGGGAAAUUUCUUACUGUUGUUUACAUUUACCAUUUGUGUUUGUCGAUAUCUUAGGAAUUUUGAAUUCUUAGACUGAUGAAGGUAAAAGCACUUCAUUGCGUCUGUGUAAGUAACAGCUGUAGAGAAAAAAACUUAUUUUGAGUAUGUAUUUGUAAUGGUAUGUUUAAUGUUAAUUGCAUAAUUAUCGUUUAUUAAAAACAGUCUGUCUUUUCAUGCA